AGAGAAAAAGAAACUAACGUGUAGUUGAAUUGUAGUGCUUUUGUGUCUCUCUGUAUUCAUUAAGUAAAAUGGCAGAAGCCAGAUUUUCUCAGGAUGAGUUCAUGUGUGUAGUGUGUCUGGAUCUCCUGAAGAAUCCAGUGACCACUUCCUGUGGACACAGUUACUGUAUGAACUGUAUUACAGACUUCUGGAAUCAAGAGGAUCAGAAGAGAGUCUACAGCUGUCCUCAGUGCAGACAGACCUUCAUUCCAAGACCUGCUUUAGCUAAAAACACCAUGCUGGCUGAAGUGGUGGAGAAACUGAAGAAGACUAAACUUCCUGCUGACUGUUACGCUGGAGCUGGAGAUGUGCAGUGUGACGUCUGUACUGGAAGAAAAUACAGAGCCGUCAAGUCUGCUUUAUCUAACUCUUACUGUCAGAAUCACCUUGAACAACAUGAGAGUUUCUUCAAAGGAAAGAGACACAAUUUGACUGAAGCCACUGGACGACUACAAGAGAUUAUCUGCCAGAAACACGAGAAACUCCUUGAGGUUUUUUGUCUCACUGAUCAGAAAUGUAUUUGUCUGCUGUGUAUGAUGGACGAACAUAAAAACCACGAGACCAAAACGGCUGCAGAACAGAGAACAGAAAAACAGAAAAAGUUGAAGGAGACCCAGAGAAGGUUCCAGCAGAGCAUCCAGCAGAGAGAAAAAGAUCUUCAGCAGCUGGGAGAGGCGGUGGAGUCUCAUAAGCGCUCUGCGCAGACAGCAGUGCAGGACAGUGAGAGGACCUUUACUGAGCUCAUUCGCUCCAUUGAGAGAAGCCGCUCUGAGGUGACACAGCGGAUCAGAGAUCAGGAGAAGACUGCAGUGAGUCGAGCUGAAGGACAACUGGAGCGACUGAAGAAGGAGAUCAAUGAUCUGAGGAGGCGAGAAGCUGAGCUGGAGCAGCUAUUAAACACACAGGAUCACAUCCAGUUCCUGCAGAGUUUCCAGUCACUCUCUGCACCGCCCGAAUCUACAGAUGUACCCAACAUUCCCUUCUGUUCUCCCUUCUCUUUUGAUGGCAUAAGAGAAUCUGUCCAUCGGCUAAGAGACAAACUGGAGGAUUUCUGCAAAGAAGAGCUCAAAAAGAUCUCUGACAGAGGUGAAGUGACAUCAGGAUAAAACCCAUGGAAUUUAGGGUUUCAGGUCAAUGUCAAAAAUGAGGAACAAUUUGGGAUUUAUAAAUGUAAAAACUAAUGUGAAAAUGUUCUUAUGUACUUUAUACCCUAACUGAAGAGCAUGUGAAUUAAGCUUUUGCACUCAUAUACCAAUUAUUAUAAUAUUCCAACUUUGACUAUGAAAAUGU